CGGUUUCGUUUUGGUUUCGCUUGGAGGAGGGGAUAUGAAUGAAGAGGUAGGAGAGGAAGGAGAAGAAGACGAGAAGAGAAACCUUGGUCGAUCCAAUCUCGAGUGAGAGAGAGAGGAGAGGGGGAUGGCAAAAUAUGGGGCGGCGGAGGCGGAGCAGGCCGUGGCGAGGAAGUCCGGGGAGCUGAAGAGAGAGCUGAGGAGGCUGGUGAUGCUGAUCGUGGAGGAGGACGACGGCCGGAUCGAGACCUACGACGAGGCGUCGAGGGUGAUCUCGGAGCUCAAGGAUCUAACGUUCGGAUCGCCGGCGGUCCCCCAGCACUUCUUGUGUCCGAUCUCCUCCGAGCUGAUGAAGGAUCCGGUGAUUCUGGCCUCCGGGCAGACCUACGACCGGCCAUUCAUUCAGGAGUGGCUGAAUUCUGGAAGCCGGAUAUGCCCGCAGACCCGGCAGGUUCUCCCCAACACCAUCCUCAUCCCCAACCACAUGGUCCGAAUCAUGAUAUCUGAAUGGUGUAUGGAGCAUGAUAUCCCUCUGCCUGCACUUGAGAGCCAAGAUGAAACCCUGAUCACAAGAAAAGAACGCAGUGCACUGUAUGAGCUUCUCGAAAAGAUUUCUUCGUCCUCCAUCCCUGGGCAGAAGCAAGCCAUGAAGGAGAUCCGGCUUCUCACCAAGCACAACAGGUCCUUCCGAGCCCUCAUAGGGGAGAAACCAGACACAAUCCCCCACUUGCUCUCAGUUCUCUCUGUGCCAGGCUUGAAUUGUGAUCCAGAAGUCCAAGAGGACACUGUGACUACAAUUCUAAAUCUUUCAAUCCAUGAAAGCAAUAAGAAGAUUGUUGGAGAUGAUCCCCAAGCCAUCCCCUUCCUCAUUGAUGCAUUGAAGAAUGGAACCAUGGAGACUCAGAGCAAUGCUGCUGCGGCGCUAUUCACCUUAUCAGCACUUGAUUCCAACAAGCUUAAGAUUGGUGAAUUGGGAGCGAUCAAACCCCUUCUGGAGCUCCUCGAGCAAGGCAGCAAAACUGCCAAGAAGGAUUCAGCAUCAGCUAUUUUUAACAUCUGCAUGGCCCAUGAGAACAGGACGAAGGCGGUGAAGGAAGGGGCAGUGGGUGUAGUCUUGAAGGCCAUCAAGGAUCAAUCUCUUGUAGAUGGCUCGUUGGCUAUCCUUGCUUUGCUAUCAGGUGACCAAGAAGCACUGGAAGAGAUUGGUAAGAGUGGGGGGGUGCCUUGUUUGCUUGGCAUCAUCAGGGAGAGCACCUGCGAACGGAACAAAGAAAAUGCUGUGGUGGCCCUCUUUGCAGUCUGUAUGUAUGAUCCAACAAAACGGAGGGAGGUCAGGGAGGAUGAGAAAUUGAAUGGGUCGAUCUCUGCUCUGGCUCAGACUGGUACUAGAAGAGCUCGUAGAAAGGCUGAUGGAAUUCUUGAUAUGUUGAAGAGGUUGGGGCGCAACACACAUUUUUCUUGUUAGAUGAGGAUGUAAUUAGGGAAAUAAGUGGUGUGGACCUAAUGUAAAUAUUGCCUACUGCAACAAUGUGGAGUUGAGUGGCACAUAAAACUACGCUUUUUCUUUACUGCUAUCAGAAGUUGGGCAUUGGAGGGGGUUACUUCUGCAUCAGGAUUAUGUGAACAGGUGUUGCAGUUGUUGUCUUGCUCUUUAUAGGAUUUAGCGUCAUACAGAUUUUUCUUGUUCAAAUGUUUUUAUCUUUGUUCAAUUAAAUUUUGUUCCCCCUAUAUCAAUCUUUGUAUAUUUUGUUUUUUGAACCAAUCAAGCUGUUUUCCUGGUUUGUUUCUGAUUAAUAGCACUGCCUCAUUUU